UCUUCAAAGCGAAUGUUUUGAAGAAGAAUGAGUUUGGACGAGAGGAGAGGAAAAGAUGUCACGUCGCUGACCGCGCGUUCUGUGCGUACUCGAGCUGAGCUGUACCGCAGUAAAUUGCGAGGAGAAGAAGAGCUGAGGAAAGAACAGAAAGAGGCGGAGUCUCGUAAACUUAGAGAAGAGCAAAGACUAGACAGAGACCGACUGUUGCUACAGGAGUCUUUACGCAUGAUACGUGAUGUCAAGUACAGUCCGAACAUGCCAAAACAUUCUUCUGAUUCUUCUCUUGCGCUGAAUUCGAAGAGACAUGUACAGCAAGUCCCAAAGCUGAUUGUUGGCAGCAGUUCUCCUCUUCUUGGCCAACGUCAAGCACCUGAACAACUUUCACAGGAACAACGCAGACACAGCUCAGAUGUACCAAGACGGCUGAGAAGUACGUUGGAAGGAGACCUGCACAGAGCAGUCAAGAAAGGUGCUGAUGCGAGGUGGGAUCGAUUUCAGAAGGAAAAGAUGAAAAAAUGGAGUAGUCUUGAUUUGGAUAUUAUGCAGUCAGAUACUGAAGGUUUGAGAUCAGUGGCUUUCACACCACCACUAUUGCAGAGAUCACUGGUGCAGAAACAUUUGCACACUCGGUCUCAUUCUCCCUCUCCUCUGAGAAAGAUCAGUGAACCUGCUUCUCCUUUUAGUUCUCCCAAACUAUCAACUCGUUCAAUAAGCAUGGGAAAUCUGCCUUCUAUAGAAGCGAAGUCAUCUGAUGCAUUGCAACAAAAUUCUACUUUUUCUAGCACAGGGUCUGCUAGUGUUCAUUUACCUCCCAUACAUGAUAAGAAAAAACAUGUUCAAAAUAGUGAAACAUGAAACAAUAUGCAAAUGUAUUUGUGAUGAUUUGAUUAUUUUUGUUAAUAAUCUUGUUAACUUUAGUGUAGUAGAUUUUGUAUGACCCCAUCACACUACUGAUUUUCGAAGCUACAUGCUGUGUACAUGUAGAUUUAAUUGCUGAUUUAUGGUAAGCGCAUUUUUUCAGUUUAUGGUUAUUUUAUUGUGAUGAACAACAAUAGAUAUAAUUACUGCAUUAUCACUGUCUGCUAGUAAAUGUACAUUAGUAACGCUGCUUUUCGCUAUGUAAACAAAUUCUAGUGCAUGCAAAUUAGCUAAAUAUAGGACUCAGGAAACUCAUAAAUUCGUGAGAAAUAAAUUAUCCUCGAUCUCUUAAUUUUAGAGGUAUUUGUAAACACAGUACAACGUAACAUCUAGGUAGUAAGUCCUUGAUGGCGGUUGCUACUUCAAUCUGCGGGUGGUCGUGCAAGUCAGAGUGCUUUUGCAAAAGCUGUUAUCUUUCUGAGUAUCGUUUCAUGGUGAAACAUACCGUAGAAGCCUUUCCACUGUAUAAUAAUAGUGUUCGAGUUUGUGUAAGUCGUCG